UCUGCCUGAAUUCUGACGUAGUUUAGGUCUGCACGGGCAAAAGAACGAGCGACCGUUAGUGCGAACGUUUCGAGAAGAGUUUACGAGAAAAAUAUCGAAGCUUUACCGAGCGUGUAAAUAUCUGAAAAAUGGUGUUCUGGGCCCUGGUUCUGGGCGGAGUGGCCGUCGCCCUCGCAGCUUAUCACUACCUCGUCGGGGUUCUCAAGUUUUUUGAGAGAAGGGACGUUCCUCAUGUGGAGCCACGGAUAUUGGUGGGCAAUAUGGGCCCCGUGGUAAUGCGACAACGAUCGAUCGCGGAGCAAGUGAAGAGGAUCUACGACAGUCACCCUGAAGCGAAGUACGUGGGAUUCCACGACUUCACGAUACCGACGAUCAUGCUGCGUGAUCCGGAGGUCAUAAAAUUCGUGACUGUCAAGAACUUUGACAACUUCGUGAACCACACUGCCCUGGUGGACGACCGGCUGGAUCCGUUCUUCGGGAAAAAUCUGUUCGGCCUGCGGGACGACAGCUGGCGAUCGAUGAGAUCGAUCCUCAGUCCCUCGUUCACCUCGAGCAAGAUCAAGGGGAUGUUUCACUUGGUGUCGGAAUGCGGCGCCAAAUUCGCCAACAAUCUUAGCUCGAAGAGCCAAGAAAUAGAACUGAAAGACAACUUCACGAGGUACACGAUGGACGUUAUCGCCACAGCAGCCUUCGGCAUCACGGUCGACUCGAUAAAAAAUCCUACCAACGAGUUCUACUUGAUGGGACGCGAUGCGACCACCUUUGACUACCUCAGGACCAUGAAGCUGUUCAUGUUCAAAAUUUCCCCGUGGCUCUCGAGGCUCUUUCAGAUGAGAAUCAUCCCCCUAAGAGUCGUCGAUUUCUUCUUGCACAUCGUAUCGUCGACUGUGAAAACACGAGAGGCCGAAGGCAAAUCGAGAAAUGACAUGAUUCAGCUGAUGAUGGAAGCGCGCAAUUCGGGCAAAGCUCCGAAUCUCACAAUGGAGGACAUGACAGCCCAAGCCUUCAUAUUCUUUUUUGGCGGCUUCGAGACCACUUCGACAGCGAUGUCUUUCGCUGCCCACGAGGUCACGGUCAACCCAGAAGUCCAAGACAAACUUCAGGCCGAGAUCGACGAUGCUCUCAAUGAGAACAACGGACUAUUGACCUGGGAAGCUUUCCAAGGCAUGCGCUACCUCGAAGCAGUCGUCAACGAAACUCUGAGAAAAUACCCCCCGGCGGUAGCUACCGACAGAAUCUGCAACAAAGCUAUUGAAAUUCCAGCUGCGGUACCCGGCGGCAAACCCUUCAUGGCGCAACCAGGAUCCGUUUUCUGGCUACCUUAUUACGGCCUCCACCACGAUCCCAAGUACUUCAAAAAUCCUGAGGUCUUCGAUCCGGAGAGAUUCAUCGACCCUACAACCGGAAAAAUAGUCGAACCGCUCGGCUUCCUGCCGUUUGGAAGCGGACCCCGAUUUUGCAUUGGCCAAAGAUUCGCUUUGAUGGAAGUCAAAUUGGCUAUUUUUUAUCUGUUUUCAAAAAAUCGACUGGAACCUUGCUCGAAGACCGAAAACCCAAUUACGUUGAAUCGAAAAAAUUUUACAAUGACAGCCGAAAACGACUUUUGGGUGAAAAUUUCUCCGAGACAUUGAAAAUCGUGAUAAAUAAUGUACUUUUUUCUAAUAAACUUCAAACGCUGAUGAACAAA